AUGGUGAACUUCACCAUUUUAGACCUUCAGCCUGCAGACAGUGGGAGCUACUGCUGCAGAGCAGAGAUCUCUAAACCUUCAGCCUGCAGACAUGGACAACUGACCUCAUUAGGUCCCACCUCCCCAGACAGGAAGCCCACAUCCUCCCCCAGUAUUACAACUUCUCCACUCCAUCCCGAUUACCUGCACUACUUCAACGAGUCCAAGAGCUGGAUAAAUGCCCUGAAGUUCUGUAAAAGUUGUGGCUCAGAGUCCAACCUGGUGCACAUCACCAACCAGACCGUGCAGACUGACUUGACCCAGCUCCUGGCCAAUGUGGAGCUGCCAUGUGGGGGGGGGGUGUGGAUUGGUCUGGAGCGGUCCAUCUUUGAGUGGAGCGCCCCCUGGCUGUGGACCAGUGGGGAUGUUGAUAAGGUGGUGAAGUACAGAGAGUGGCACAGCUGCUUCCCCCUCAAUCCCAUCAAUUACCACUGUGGUAAGAUGGUCUGGGUUGGUAACGGAGAACUGAAGUGGCUGGAUGCUUCCUGUCAUCAGGAAUUAACCUUCAUCUGUCAAGAUGCAGCCCCUGACCUCUUCUUUAGCCAGCAGUCCUUGGAUGAGUCCUUCGAAAAGAGAAUCAAGCAGACCAUUGUAAGGAUGUCUCUGAAAUCUAACACAGGAGCUGACCUCAAUGACCCAGUGGUAAAGGAACAGAUGUUGGAGCAGGUCAGUGUGGGUCUGGAUGAAGAGGACCAGCCAUGA